UGAUUAAAUUGUACAUUUAGUAACCGCAGCUGAGGACUGGCAGGAAGAAAACAGCAGGUACAUUUCACCCACAUUCCACCCAUUUUUCUCAUUUGAUCAAGUUUUUUGUCAUAUUUUCCCCCGUUCUUUCUAAAACCAAAGCCAGUGGAAGCCAAUCAGAAGCGGGGGCUGGGUUAGGGGGCGCCAAUCCGAGAACAGGAAGAUGACAGUCUAUUUCCGCGUCUGAAGCACUAGUUAUGUCUUCUGCCCUGGAAGAGGAGCUCAGCAUCAUCCUGGAAGGUGGGGCUGUCCCUUUGCCUGAAACAUAUGACGUGGCUCCUGAAACCCCCCGACCUUUGAGACUGCGACACAACGUUUGCUACAUCGUCAUGGGAGUGUUACUGAAUGAGCGGGAUGAGGUGUUGAUGAUGCAGGAGGCAAAGCCUGAAUGCAGAGGAACCUGGUACUUGCCUGCUGGGCGCUUAGAGAAGAGAGAAACUCUCAUGGAAGGAUUAUGCCGAGAGGUAACUGAGGAGACCGGACUUACCUGUGAAGCGAUCACCCUUCUGGCUGUGGAGGAGAGAGGAACUGCCUGGAUCCGAUUUGUAUUCCUGGCCCGGCAGACAGGUGGCUCUCUGAAGUCCGAGCUUUUAGCAGACUCCGAAUCUCUGCAGGCCACGUGGUGGGAUACUGUCUCCCCAUUACCCUUGCGCUGCAGAGAUAUUCUACCCCACAUCAAGCUGGCUUUGGCAUACCGGCAACUCCCUUCACAUCCCUCUGUCCUGCCUCAGGUGUUAUCGUCGCCCCACUUGGCCUUGCGUCUCGUUCUUCUGUGCUUUGGCCCAGAGGGGCAGCUGUGGGUUCUACGGAGUGCCAUCCAUUCUCAUUGCCUUCCUGUCAUUCUUUGUUCCACAAGCAGAGCGAGCUUUCUCAACUCCUUGAGAUGUCUGCUCAACGACCCGCCCAGGUCUUGUGGCAUUCUGGGAUUGCACCACCAAGGGGGCGAAGGGGCAGAUGGUGUUUGCUUUAACAUCAUGGCAGAGAUCAGUUCCCAGGAGCCACCCUUGGUGCCAGGAGAAGGCUUCAGCUGGGCCCUUGUAAAGGAUGAGGCGCUAAGGGGACGACUGGAGCACACAGUAAAGGACAACGCACUGCUCCCCCUGCACAGCUGAGCUGCCUCUACCACUGAACUUGACUACUUCUCAAUGCACCAUAGAGAUCCAUGUAUGCAGAAACAUGCACCUAUAUAUCUACAGAUAUUUAUUUUGUUACGUGUGCAAACAUGCACUGAGAUCUAUAACUAUAAAUGCAUGUUUUCAUUGAGUCCCAAAUGCAGUGCAUUAUCCCUGCCAGUGGGUGCCACAAGGUUUCUCUUAGAGGGGUACAUUAUCCCCUAUACAAAAAUCCUCUUUUAUUCUUGCUUGAGGUGGGUAGGCUUGCCCAGGCAGCAGUUCAGACUGCUAGUUCCCUCCUUUUGCCUGUGUUAUCCAGCCACAGGCACUUUCAUGGCUGAUUCUGACUUUAAGCAGUCCCUUGAAGCAAUCUAUUCCAGGCUAUUGUAAUUUAUCUAGAGAGGAGUGAUCAAGGCUGGAUUCAGGGAUGUCUGGAGCCUUUGCAACAAUGCCGUACUGCAGCAUGCAUCAUUUAUUGAUAAAUUUUAUUAUAUUUAUAGCUCUAAUAAAAGGAAAAUACUUGCUUGGCAUUGGCAUGAAAUACACCUGAAAGAGCUGGUUUUUACUUACUGGGUAAAGCGCUUUAGAAACCAUUACUAUUUUUUAGAAUACAUAAGUGGUCAGAAUACGAAGCCAAAAAAAAAAAUGCUGCUGAUUCAGCCCCUCCAGAGUCAGCAGCUUAUGGGCCCAUGUAUGGGGACCUUGGGAGGCCCUGCCAGACAGGUCUGGGGUGGUGAGCCCAUCGGCACAUUGAUGUAAUCCUCUCAUGAGAGGUAGGUCCUGAUUAAGAUCUGAUCUUUGUCGCAGGGCCCCAUUAUAGGAGCAUUGUGUCAUGGUGGCCAAUUCAGGUAAAGAUUCUUUAGUUUGGCAACCUCACCAAAGAGCAGCUAUUAGCAUGCAUCGGUGGUUAUUUUAGUGCCCCCUAGUGGAAAGUUGUAUAGCAAAAAAAAAA